AUGAGCAACAACGAAGUGCAGCGUUGGCAGACCCGCCAGGACGGGCUUGACAAGCUCUUCCUUGCUUCGGGGCCUAUUCCGCAACCCGGACCCGGCGAGGUCCUCGUUAAGAUCAACGCCGUUUCGCUCAACUAUCGUGACACGGAGGUGGCCAUGGGCCUGUACAACCACCACAAGACCAUCAAUCCGGGGGAGACGGAGGCCCUGGUCCCGGCUUCGGAUAUGUGCGGUUCCGUCGAGGCCGUGGGCGACGGCGUCGAGAGAUGGAAGACUGGCGACCGCGUUGUAUCAAUUUUCAACCAAUCGCACAUCAAGGGCCAGAUCAAGGCGGCGGAUAUGAAGUCAGGACUCGGUUUCCCGUUGGAAGGCGUGCUGCAGUCCUACCGCGUAUUCCCUGCUGAGGGGUUGGUCAAGGCGCCGAAGCACUUGAGCGAUGAGCAGGCAGCCUGUCUGCCGAUUGCGGCGGUGACGGCGUGGAUGUCAAUCAACCAGUUCCGGCCACUGGGCCAGCCUGGCGGCAAGGGAGAGGUUGUUGUUUGCCAGGGCACCGGCGGUGUUGCGAUUUCGGGACUGCAGAUUGCAAAGGCUGCCGGCGCGACGGUUAUCAUCACAUCAUCAUCAGACGAGAAGCUGGAGAAGGCCAAGGCACUCGGCGCAGACUACACAGUCAAUUACCGCACCAACCCCAACUGGGAUAAAAAGGUCAACGAGGUCACCAAGGGCGAGGGCGCCGACAUCAUCCUCGAGACGGGCGGUGCCAAGACGCUACGCCAUUCUUUCGAGGCCAUCGGCUUCGGCGGCGUGAUUGCGUGCAUCGGGUACUUGUCGGGCAAGGUGGACGGGGAGGAGGACCGGACAAACGUGAACUUGUUGGCGCUGCGCAAGACGGUGACGCUCAAGGGCAUCAUCAAUGGGCCGCGUGAGAGGUUUGAGGAGAUGAUAGACUUUUACGAGGACAAGGGUAUCAAGCCGAUUGUUGACCGCGUAUUUGACUUCAAAGAGGCUGACAAGGCGUACCAGUACCUGUACAGCGGAGGUCACUUUGGCAAGGUUGUCGUCAGAGUCCAGUAA